UUGUCCAAGACUACCAAUUCGAUUGUUCAGAAACUGGUGCUUGUUAUCAAACGUGUUGAUAAUAAUGAAGUUCUGGAGCACUGGCAGUUUGACAUUGAGUGUGACAAGACAGCUGAUUCCACUACGAAGAGAGACAAAACUGAGAAAGAAGUUAAAGAAGAAAUAAAAUCUAUUAUUCGUCAACCUUCAACAGUCACAUUUCUGCCACUUCUGGAAUCUCUCUGUGCCUUUGACAUUUUGGUUUAUACAGACAAAGAUGCCGAAGUACCAUCUGCAUGGGGUGAAUCUGGUCCCCACUUUAUCAUAAAUUCUGAAGAGGUGCGCCUGCGUUCUUUCUCCACCACUAUUCACAAAGUUGAUGCUAUGGUUGCCUUUAGAAAAACAGACUGAAGGAGGACUUUCUUUAAAGUGUUAAGUGACUAAUGUCAGAAGUGAAAAAAUGUGUGCUUGAAAGGAGCACUACUUUGCUGUGACAUCAUGAUCCUAUCAAGGUAAGAGACUUACUAUUAGGUACUUUGGCAUUGACUGGCCUGUUACCUUCUGGUCAAAAUAUGUGGCUCAUUUGUUAUAAAGAAAUGCAGAUCGCAGAGCAGAUUUUAAUAAUGCAAAAGUGCAUUUGCAAAAGCCUUUAGUAAGUAAAUUUUGUAUUUGAGUAGAUUUCUUGCUUUCACAUCUCUUACAGUUAAAGAUGAAAUAAAUUUGCUUUAUUUAUUAUUAUUUAUAAAUAAAAGGUAAUGUGUUGCAAAGUGGAUUUUUGUAUAUUUCUACAACGUGUAUAUUAAUUAUUACACUGUUCUAUUAAUUAUUACACUGUUUUGCCGCUGAUAGUUGCAUUUAAUUUUUUAUUUUACCAUUCUUUUAUUUGCAAAGAUUACUUUAGUCAUCUAUUUUGUUUUCUCUUAUUUACUUUUAAUGCUCGUUUUCAAUCAAUUUACUUGGUAUAUAAACAACAUUAAUGGUUCAAGUUAUUAAUUGUAAAAGUCAAACUAGCUCAUGGAAGUCAAUAAAACAUCAUUCUGCAUUGCAGUAAAUUGUAUAUACUAAGCAAUCAACACUUUUUGUUUAUAUUUAAAGAAGUUCUAUGCUCUUUAUCCGUGUGGUUAUUUGAAGCUGUGCUCAGGUAGCAGAAAGGAUAAUAAGAAAAAGCUUGUACAACAAUGACACUUAAGAUUGUAUGAACACGUAAUUUUAAACUUAUUGUUGUGCAUUUAUUUGUUGGACUGUGUGAUCAGAACAGAACAAAUUGCUGGAAGAAAAAAGAACAAAUUUCUCGAUGAAAACAAAAUUUUCUUGCAGGUUUUCUAUAAAGAUUUCAUUAAAGUAGA